AUGAAGUUUGGACUCUUGACGCUCGCUUCGGUGGCGAGCGCUCACACCCUCUUUUCAACACUCUUUAUAAAUGGGAAAAAUCAAGGCGAUGGGACGUGUGUGCGCAUGCCGCGUGGUGGUUCUGGUGCCACUGCACCGAUAUAUCCCAUUGAUGGGGCUGACAUGGCCUGCGGUCGCGAUGGCAACAAGCCGGUGGAAUUUACUUGUCCUGUGCCACACAAGGCAACUCUGACUGUUCAGUUUCGCAUCUACUCUGACGGUAGUCGUCAAGGAGCGAUUGCACCUGGACACUUGGGCCCUUGCGCGGUGUACCUGAAGAAGGUUGACGAUAUGUAUGCAAACAACUCUGCUGCUGGGCCGGGGUGGUUUAAGAUCUGGGAAGAUGGGCUUGACACUGCGUCUGGAAAGUGGUGCGUUGAUAGGCUCAUUGCAAGCAAGGGUCUUCUUUCGGUGAAUUUACCGACAGGGCUUCCGGCAGGGUAUUAUCUUGUUCGACCUGAAAUUCUGGCUCUGCAUAAUGCCGUUGAUGGAGAUCCUCAGUUCUAUGUUGGUUGUGCGCAGAUUUACGUGCAACAAGGGCCAGAUGGACCUCUAAACAUACCGGACGGGCAAAGCGUUUCGAUACCGGGAUACGUAUCGGCAGAUACUCCUGGAGUCAAGUUCAACAUAUACAAGAAGCCACUUCCAAAGUAUACAAUUCCAGGACCCAAAGUGUUUAUUCCGCAGGGUAAGCCAUCGUCGUCAAGUACAGCCAAGCAAGCUCAAGGAGGGGUUCCGGCAGAUUGUAUUCUCAAAAACGCAAACUGGUGUGCCAAGCAGGUGCCGAACUUUUCCACAGAAGACGGGUGCUGGGCGGCGGUGAAGAACUGCUAUAACCAGAGCAAGACAUGUUGGAGUAGCGCGCCUCCCACUGGCAGGGCCAACUGCAAGACAUGGCAGGACUAUUGUAAGAAGUUGGAGAGUGGGUGUGAUUCGGGGCAAACUAAGGGUCCAGCAGAGUUCAAGGGAAAGGAGAUUAUGGCGGAGGUGCCGGGACCGAUACCUAAACCUUGGAAUGACGUAUUUGAGGGUGGGAAGGGCAAUGGGUCUAAGUCAACAGUGGCGGUUGUGACGACCACGUCAACCAGUACCCCUGUGGCGAAGGAGACGGACAAGGAGUAUUCAGGUGGCCGUUCUGGAGGUGAGCGACGGCAUGUUCAUCGGCAUCAGCGGCAAUAG